UUUAGUUUGGAUCCGAUUAGGGUCAAUCCGAUCCGAUCCGAAAAUCUGAAUUUUCAAAAAAUCUCAAUUCGAUCCGAUCCGAAUUAAUAAUUCAGUUUGGAUUGGAUUGGAUUUCAGUUUUAAUCCGAAUUAUGGAAACCCCUAAGGUGGUGUUAUAAUCCAUUUUUUUCAAAAUACGUGGUAUUAUUUUCAAAAAAAAAAAAAAUAAUAAAAAAAAAAAAACCUGAGUCCCUUACCAAGGGAGUGAACUUAAUUGCGUAGUAGACAGACCAUCAAAGUGAAAUCUUGUCGUCGUUUGCAAGUGUAACCGAAGCCCGACUUAUGUUAUGAAAGUGAGGCCCAGCAGAUUCCCCACUUCACUUUUACUUCUCUAAGGAGCAGCGUCCUGACCGUUAAUGGCGAUAAACAAAAGUUAUAGCAGCACCCUUCAGAGUGGAGCAGCCUUGGAUUUUUGAAGUGACCUGUUGGUGAGGACGAAAUCAAGGAAUGUUGGCAGCAGUGUUACGAAAAAGUGAGGCGGCAAUGCAUACAGGUCUGAGGUCUUUGAGAUCUCUUUCAUCGUUAGCAAACAAUGGAAGCUGUCAAAUACUAAAGUCACCACCUCUUGUCUCCCUUGACCUGCUAGAAGACUGGACUUGCAGAGUUGAUCAGGACCGACAAGAAACUGCUUCUAUUCCAAAUCCUUCUAACCAGCUUACUGCUGCUUUAAUUGAUGGGAAGGCAAUUUCUGAAGAGAUCCGAUCCAAGAUAGCUAAUGAAGUAAACCGGAUGAAGUCAUCAAUCGGAAAAACCCCAGGUUUAGCUGUAAUUUUAGUGGGUGACAGAAGAGAUUGCCAAAUUUAUGUUCGUAAUAAAAUCUUAGCCUGUGAAGAAGCUGGAAUAAGGUCAGAAGUUGUAGACUUACGAGAAAGCUGCUCAGAAGAUGAUAUUCUCAGUGCUUUGUCCAAUUUCAAUGAGAAUCCUGAAAUUCAUGGUGUUCUUGUGCAGCUUCCUCUUCCAGAGCGUUUGGACGAGGGAAAAAUAUUGAGCAUGUUGCCAUUGGAAAAAGACGUUGAUGGUUUCCAUCCAUUGAAUAUGGGGAACCUUGCCUUGAAAGGGAGGGAGCCGCUUUUUAUUCCAUGCACCCCUAAGGGUUGCAUCGAGUUGUUACUUAGGUCUGGGGUGGAAAUCUAUGGAAAAAGAGCAGUGGUGAUUGGGAGGAGCAAUAUUGUCGGACUGCCAACAUCCUUGCUUUUGCAGAGAUAUCAUGCCACAGUUACUGUAAUACAUGCCCUUACAAAGAACCCAGAAAUGCUUGCGCGUGAGGCUGAUAUUGUGGUUGCUGCUGUGGGUAUGCCAAAUUUAGUUCGUAAAAGUUGGCUCAAGCCAGGUGCUGUAGUCAUUGAUGUUGGGACAUAUCCAAUAGAGGACUCAAGCUCUGACCAGGGUUAUCGGCUUCUUGGAGAUGUAUGCUAUGGAGAAGCAAUCAAUGUGGCAUCCGCCAUCACCCCCGUGCCAGGAGGUGUGGGUCCCAUGACAGUUGCUAUGCUUCUGCUAAACACGCUUGAAUCUGCCAAGCGUUUUUAUGACUUCAGUUGAUCUAGGUGUAGGUUUUGUAGGAGAGUCAAGAAUCUCAAGAUUAUCCGGAAUUUUGGGAAAUAUAUUACAUGUUUCCCUAUCAAAUAGCAUUUUCUCCGACCUUGGUUUUUCAUAAACAUUGUCCUGUAGAACAUAAAGUUUUGUUCUAAUAUUCUGCUUUAUGCCAUUACUGAACACAAACUUUGUUAACUUUCAGUAAUAAAAUUCCUAUCAUGGUGUUACUGGAGAAA